UAUUUUUUUUUUCUCAUAUUUGUAUUUCAAAUUCCCAUUCUCUCUAUUUCUGAAUCCAUUAAAAUUCCCAUAAUUUUCAUUCUUGCUUUUCUCGCCCUGUUUCAGGAGAAAUAAAUAAAUAACAAAAGAAGAAGAAGAAGACGAAGAUGAAACCAGAUAUUUUGGAGCUUCAACCGCACGACCUGCAGUUCAAUUUUGAACUGAAGAAACAAAGCUCAUGUGCUGUUCAAAUGAUCAAUAAAACCAAUCAACAUGUUGCUUUUAAGAUAAAAACUACCAAUCCCAAGAAGUAUUGUGUCAGACCGAAUACUGGAGUUAUUGAUCCAAAUUCCUCAUGCGAUUUUACAGUUACUAUGCAAGCACAAAAGGUAGCUCCUCCUGACAUGAUCUGCAGGGACAAAUUCUUAGUUCAAAGUACCUUUGUCUCAGAGGGGACAAAGGAGGAGGAUGUGACAUCUGAAACGUUUGCCAAAGAGGAUGGUAAACUUGUUGAUGAAAAGAGGCUUAAAGUGAUUCUUAUUCCCACACCAGACUCUCCAGAAUCCUCGCCAACUAAUGGAACAAUGAAGAUUGUGCACAGUAAUGAAAGCAGAGAGUUGAAAGAUGACACAAUCCAGAAAGAUAGCUCUCAACCCAAGGUUGAUGGGGGCAUGGAAGUGUUCAAAGUAGAGGGUGAAAGUGUAGAGGCAACACGGAGGGAAGACUCGGUGAUAGAGAAAGAAGCUGUAAAAAGGAACAAAGAAACUGUAAAAAGGAACGAAGAACUUGUAGAAAGGAACGAAGAACCCGUAGAAAGGAACGAAGAACCCGUAAAAAGGAAUGAAGAACCUGUAAAACAGAGCCAGGAAUUUAUGAAAAGAAAUGAAGAGUUUGUGCAGAUAAACGAUACAGAAGAGUUGGUAUUAGCAAAAAAUGUUGAAGAGAUGAAGUUAAAAGUGAAAGAACUUGAGGUUAAGCUUAAUGAGGCUAAAGCAACUAUUCUACAUCUAUCAGAAGAAAAAAGAUUAGCUACUCAAGAGAAGCACUUCUUACAGGGAGAAUUGGAUUUGCUGAGAAGUAAGAGACACAGAGCUCAGGUUGGAUUUCCGUUGCUGUAUGUUUUUAUGGUGGCGCUUGUGAGCCUUUAUCUUGGAUACUUGUUGCAUCAUUGACCAACAAAUACCCGGAGUGCCUCUUAUGUUUAUAUAUAUGUGCAAGUUUUUAAUAAAGCCUUCCCUGCUAGAAAAUGCUCUGGUUUUUCUGUUGUGUAGAGGCAAUCAGUUGCUCUUUUGUGACUGUCAAUAGAUUGAUCAGUUAUCCCUCAUCAUGAUUUCUUUAAUAGAACUUUAUCUAGAAUACAACCGAAAUUGAAAGAUUUGUAUGAUAAUAGUAUAAAAUGAUGUAGGCAUGAUGUAGGCAUGAUAUAAACUUAGAGGCAAUGUGGAAUGGUGUGCUCUUGUUUUUACCACCUGGUAUCGCUCGCAUGUCUAAGAGAUUGGUCAUUUUAGCUGUUUA